CCUUCUGUCCCUGCAGGUCUGUGCAGGACCGUCCCGCGCGACAGGAAGCUCAGUGAUCUCCGGCUGUAAACACGAGGAGGCGGUGCAGGAAGUGUGUAGCAUGUGUGGGUGCUUCAGUGUCACUUCAUGAUGGAGUGUGUCGGGAUGCCGAUGCUGCUGCUCCUGGCUCUCCUCUGCUACCGGACCGUACCGGGGGUUCACCUCCCGGACCCGAACUGGAACUCUUCUUCAGCCGCCGUGAAGCUGGAUCUGUCCGCGGUGAUCCGCCGGGUGGAGCCGCGCUUUCUGUCCGUCACCAUCGAUGCGAGCCUGGCUGCAGAGGAGAAGUUCAUGUUCCUCUUAGGCUCUCCGAAGGUCAGGACGUUGGCAAAAGCAUUAACUCCAGCUUUUCUGAGAUUUGGGGGGACCAGACAAGACUUCAUGGUGUUCACUCCUCAGAGGUUACAUCAGGACUCAGCUUUCACUGCAGAGCAACCCUGUGAUAAACUGGAGCUGCCCUCGUGGCUGGAGGAGAGGCUGAAGAAGGAGUGGACUCAACAACAAGUGGUCCUGAUGAAAGAAGAUCUGCAGAGGAAGUUUAGAAGAUUGAAGUUCACAGAGUACACUGUCGACCUGCUGCACGCCUUCACCAGCUGCUCGGGGAUGGAUCUGAUCUUUGGGCUGAACGCUCUGCUCAGAACAUCUGACAACACCUGGAACAGCAGCAACGCCCGCUCGCUGCUGCAGUACUGUGAAUCCAGACAGUACAGGAUGUCCUGGGAGCUGGGCAACGAGCCAAACAGCUAUGAGAAGAAGGCCGGGAUCAGAGUGGAUGGAUUUCAGCUGGGACAGGAUUUCACUCGCCUCAGAGAGAUGAUGUCAGAGUCCAAAUUUUACCAGGACGCCAGACUGUUUGGCCCGGACGUCGGUCAGCCUCGAGAUCACCGGACGGACAUACUGGAGGGGUUCCUGCAGAGCGGAGCCGAGGCGGUGGACGCCUGCACCUGGCACCAUUAUUAUGUGAACGGCAGAGACACGUCUCAAGAGGACUUCUUGGAUCCAGAAGUUCUGGACUCUCUGGCGUUAAAGAUCAGUGAAGUGCUGAAGAAAGUGAAGCGUCUGUCUCCGGGGAAACCAGUGUGGCUCGGAGAGACAAGCUCGGCGUACGGAGGAGGAGCCCCAGGACUGUCGGACACGUUUGUCGCAGGAUUCAUGUGGCUGGAUAAACUGGGCCUUGCAGCCAGACUGGGGCUGGAUGUUGUGAUGCGGCAGGUGCUCAUUGGUUCUGGGAGUUAUCACCUGAUAAACGAGAAUCUGGAUCCUCUUCCUGAUUAUUGGUUGUCACUUCUCUACAAGAGACUCGUCGGUCCAGAGGUUUUAAAAAUUGAAUUUUCCAGCUUUUCUCAGAGAAAACGAGUUCGUCUGUAUCUGCACUGUGCGAACAAGAAGAGUUACACAGGCGGAGCGGUCACGCUGAUUUCUAUGAACCUGAGCAAGAAGCCGGCCAGGAUCUCUGUUCCUGCCUCCGUCUCCUCUCGCACAGUGGACGCUUUUGUUCUGCAGUCUGAGCAGCCGGGGGAGGAGGGGCUCUACUCCAGGUCAGUAAAGCUGAACGGAGUCGUGUUAAAGAUGGUGGACGAUAAAACUCUUCCUGACAUUAAAGGAACUCGUCUUCCUCCGUCUGAACAUCUGCAGCUUCCUCCCUUCUCUCUGGCCUUCUUCAUCCUCACUGACGCUCGAGCUGCCGCCUGCGUCUGACCUCAGGUGUGACUCACAGACUGUCACCUGUCAGGUGAACUACACACAAACUGUCACCUGUCAGGUGUGACUCGCAGACUGUCACCUGUCGGACUGUCACCUGUCAGGUGUGACAGUGACAGCUGCUCACUGUAAAUGAAUCUGGUGCUGUUUCGUUUCUCUCUGACAAAGUUUCUUCACAUGAUGCUGGAGAUUUUUAUUGAUAAUGAAAACUGUGUGCUGUGCAAUAAAGUUUAGUCUGAUAUAUAAAA